CAGAAGUUUUCCCCUCUUGUCCUCGCCUGCCAAUCCGAGAUCAACUAGCCACUUGACUUGCGUGGUAUAUACACCAGGCUGAUCAGAAGCGUAGUGGGGGACGGAGUAUGGCAGAGAGGAUUACUAUGAGCAGUGACGACAGAAUAGAUGCGUUUGGAUCGUUUCCCGCCUUCGUUGACACAACGGACAACAUACGACAAAUCACUGGAGAGGGCAACGAUAUUUCUUCAGUCGUUCAACCUGGUAGCAGGCAUCCCGUUACUUCACUUUCACCCUUCCUGCCGGCAGAAAUCCUAGCCUUAAUUCUACAACCAAGAUGGAAGCGGUGCGAGGAUAGAAAAACCUGGAAAAAGAUAGUAAAUGUCCUGCUCAGCUGCAGUCUUGUAUCAAGAGCCUGGUGCCAGGCUGCAAGAGUAGUUCUGUACCAGGAUAUUCGACUGUUUCGAUCUAACUCUCUUCGCUUACUUCUUUGCACCGUGCGCGAGAGGUUCGGCGGCCAUUGUCCUACACACACCCUACAAUUUAUGGAUCGUUCGAUGCGGCAAUCAAAGGUGCAUACAACACUCGCUGCAGAGAUUGUUGCGUGCUGCCCGGAACUCAGGUACCUUGCAGGAGAGUAUGGCUCCCUGUGCUUCACCAGCAAUAUGUCCCUCCCCGAGUACCCGUAUUUGAGGGGGCUCAAAGUAUCCGAGCAGAACCUCCACCUCCUUGCCCCUCUUCUAUCGCGUUUAUGCAAUCUCGAGUCCUUUGAGAUGUUUCAGGGUCGCGAUGGUGACGAUCUCCUGGAACACUUUCCGCCGCCUCGCUUCAAGCUUUCAACUUUAUCGAUAUCUUACACAGAGUUGUCUCCUGGCCUGUGCAAAUGGCUUGAAUCAAGUUCACAGAGCAUAGAGUGCUUGGUGGUGGAGGGAAUCAGCGCGAGCCUAGGUCACUUGGCCAAGGUUAUUGGAGGUUUUGUGAAGAAGGUCCACGUCAAAACUGUGGGUUUUUAUACAAUAAACAGCGACUUGGAGACUAUCUCCUCUCUAUCUGGGUUCGCAGGCUUGCGAAGACUUCGCGUCGAUGGACAGAUGAUCAACAAAGAAUGUUUGCUCAAUCUACAAUUAUCAUUGGAGACGCUCACGUUCUCCGAGGAUUUUGCGAGCAUGCGUACUGUGCUGGCGCUGUUACGUACGAAUUGGCAACCCUCCUUACAAUCACUGGACGUUUAUCGUAUGACAAUGAGCAUCUACUACUCCGAGGAGUGGAUCGCUGCGACUGCAGAAUAUAGGGGUGAGCUGCACAGCGUAUGCGCUGCUCGCGGUCUCCAGUUGAACUGGCUGUCACCAGAAGAAUGAUCCGUCUGUAUUAAAGUUCAUGAACCUGUAUCUACUUUUUUCUUACGUCCAUCCAAACUAAAAAGUUAACUAGGCAAAUAAUGUUACUAGGCUGGUG